CUUUUCCUCGCCCAAACCGCCUGUAUGCGCAUGACUCGGAGAACUACCGAUCAUCCUCCCACUUGAAUCCGCUUUCGAUUUAUGCACCACCGUCGACUCCCUGUACGACCGAACAAUUUCCCCCAGCCUACUUGAUGCCAAUUCGAAACACUGCAUCCACAUGUCCUCUGGAUGCCAUCCUAUUGGAUUUCCUUCAUAACCGGCAGCAAGAAGCGGCCCAGGGAGUACCGAAACAGAAUACGGUCGGACCACCGUACCCGAGCGUGUCCUCGUUGCUGAAUCCUGAUAAAAGCGCUUCCAAACUUCGCCUUGCUCCCGGACCAAGUGGCGGUGCUAUAUUUGAUGUUCCUCCUCAUGCGGUUGCAGAUCUACCAGGAACUAUGACAUUUCUCUCGGUGCACAUUAGCACCAUUUUCCACCAGUAACUUUAGCGCAUCCAUGUUGCCAAGUUCGGCAGUGACCCUGAGCUAAUACAGCUCAUGAGUGACAU